AUGUAGAUCUUGGGUUGACAGCUAUAGAAUCUCUUGAGUUAAAAGUUAUAGAAUCUCUUGGAUUAAUAGCUAUAGAAUCUCUUGGGUUAAUAGCUAUAGAAUCGUUUGAAUUAAUAGAUACAGAAUCGAAAGAAAUUGAUGAUUUGGGUGCUAAAGGUUUAGGUGCCAAAGGCUUAGAUGCCAAAGGCUUAGGAGCUAACAUUUUAGGAGCCAACGUUUUAGGAAUUGUUUUUUUUUCUUGA